AUGACGAUUCCAAACUCAUACUUUGUCCCCGGAUAUGGCAUUUCUCGAGCCGUGAUUCAGAAUGAAAUUCGAUAUCAUUGCGGUCCUGAUGCCAUCGUUAGACCGUACACUUUCCAAGGCCGUGACGGUUUCCUCAUCUCAACAAUCGGACCACCGUUGACGAAGGCGCAAAUCGAGGACUUGAAGACAUCAUCCCGCGAGUACGAAGAAAAGCAGUCGCGCAUAGCCGGCGAACAUGACGUCUUCGUCAAUGCACCAAUACCUAUCAAUCAGAGGAUACGGCGGAGUCAAUAG